AUGUACUUACCCGAGGAGGCUGCACCUUUGCGUUUCAUCCGACGCGUUAGCAAUAUCCCUGUACCGACUUUGUACGGUGCUUUCGAGGUUGAUGACUCGUUCAUACUAAUCACAGAGCAUAUUGACGGCGUGGCUAUGUCAAAUUUAUCAGAAGAUCAAAAAAGUAUCGUCCGUACUGAAGUUGAGCAGUACUUGCCACGCAAAGUAUCCAAAGAUCACGAAUAUGUCUUCUGCCAUAAUGAUCUUGGCCAGCACAAUAUCAUUGUUGAUCCUCAAACAUUGAAAAUCCGGGCUAUUAUUGACUGGGAAUAUGCCGGACGAGGCCCAUCAAUAGUGCUGGAUGGUGAACAUGACGAUUCCGCAGAAUUGCUGCAAUUUUUGGAGGCUGUCUGA